CUAGGAGAAAAAGAAAACAUUUGGAGGAUUCAAGUAUAUUGGGUACAACAAACAAAUAAGAGAUUUUCGACGUGGAUCCUAUCAAUCAAACCAUCAGAAAUUGUGGUACCGUCACCAUCGUCUGGCGGCCAUUCAGAUAUAAUCCAGAAGCUGAAUGCUAUUGAGACCCGUCUCACUGCCAUUGAGAAGUCCCUAACAGACAAAAUGCCAGAGAAGGCCGAGGUGCAGGCGCAAAGUAAAUUAUUGCGCGAAUGCCGCGUCAUAGCGGCAAAGACGCACCAUUCAAUUAGCCGCAUCACCGGUGAUUUGGAGGACGAGCAUUACGUGGAGCUCGCUUCGAAACUGCCCAUGUCAUCGGAAGAGCACGUGCGCUUCGUGGAAGACAAACUUUCCCAAAAGGAAAGCACGGAUGCUAUGAUGCGGCUAAUAUUGAAAUCAAAAGGCGCAAAAGGCAGUGUGGACGGCGUACUUCGUGGUUUGUUUUCAGACGAUGUAAUGUACCAUUACAAUUUAGAGGGGCGCAAGGAGAAGAAACCCCUACUAAAACUAAAGUGCGUAGGGUUAGUUUUUGAUAUAUUUCCUGACAAGGAUAAAAGCAGUAUAUGUGGGGAGCUCCGGAGAUUUGUGGCCUUAAGCCACCAUCGUUUUAAACAGAAGAAACAUAAACUAAGGGCUAAACUAAUAUAAGUUUUAUUAUUAUUACUUAUAUAUAUUAGUUUUAAAUUGUAAAUAUUACUUUUAAGUUGUACACAUUAGUUUUAAGUUGUAAAUAUUAGUUUUAAGUUGUACAUAUUAGUUUUAAGUUGUAAAUAUUAGUUUUAAGUUGUAAAUAUUAGUUUUAAGUUGUACAUAUUAGUUUUAAGUUGUAUAUAUUAGUUCUAAGUUGAAGUGUCUAAUUUUACUUUUAAAAAUAUGAAUUUUUACAAUUAUAAUUUUUAUACUCAAA